GAAUUUCUCCACAGUGCUUGCACUAUGUGCCUUUUCACGCGUGAAUCAUCAUUGUAAUGAUGAUUCUUUAGAAUUAUCGGAUAUUUCACACGGUAAAUUUGUACCUUAAUUUGAGUGAAUUUUCGCUGGAAUUCACCCCCUGAGUAGAAUUUGAAUUCGUGAUUGCGAUUAGCGUUCGUGAUUCUAGUUUGCUUUCAUUAUAUUUCACUGGAAUCAUCAUUCAAAUUACGAUAUUUUUUACCGUAUGAAAGGGCGGUAUAAAUACUUGCUGAAAAGAACGUUGUAUCACACAGUGCGGAAUUCGCAGUGUGUUCACAUCGUGCACAAUGGGAAGAUGUGUUCCACUAUUUAAAUGCUCAAAUUCAACUUAGUUCGCGAAAUCCAAGGCCCCGUAACACAAAGAAUAGCGAUCAAUUGCUGAAAGAACGCUUCUGAUUGGCUCCUAGUUAGUGUACUGAGAAAAAUACGAAUGCAACGAUGAUCUUGAUAGGCCAUUUCAUUUAGCGAUUCAUUGCGUACCUUUGUGUUACGAGGCCCAGACCAUUUGACCUUCCUGCCGAACCGAAUGUGAAUCAUCAAUGCUAUUAAAUUCAAACAGCCUAUACUUAUAUACUCUUUACAUUGCAGAAGAGGCGCUCACGAUGGAAGACGGUGCGUAUGACGAGUUGGUGAGAGGGCCUUGUGUCAAUGGGGAUGUCAUAAGUACUAAUUCUGGCAACCCUUCGAAAACCCCAAGCAUCAAUGCGAGUUAUGUCCCCGUACCCAGCCCAUCAUUGCAUCCUGAAAAAGCCUUUCAGGUCAAUCUCGAGAGGGCGCGCUCUAGGUACCUCACGGUCGAACUGCCCCUUCUUCUAGUGACUUUGAGCAUAAGUAUCCUCAGCACGUUGCGGUCGGAAUACCUCAGGGAGCGGAUAGCAAGGGAUGACUACCACUACAAUUCAUCGACGCAGAAUAAAACAUGUGGUGGCAAUUCUUCGAGUGUUGAAGAUGACAUCCAAGCAACAACUGCCCGGUGGCUUCUUAUCCUUGGUGCAAUAAACGCAAUUCCAGGUCUGUUCAUGGCUAUAAUUCUCGGAUCUAUCAGCGACCGGCUCGGCCGUAAACCGGCCCUGGGACUGUGCCUUACAGGUUACCUCAUAAACACCGCCGGCAAUAUCCUCGUCAUCUACUUCCACCUCCCCAUCCCGGCCUUCAUCGCUGGGGACCUCAUCGGCGGUCUCGGCGGAGGGCUUGCGUUGCUCCUCUCAACGUGUGCAGCCUACGUGUCUGACUUGUCCUCAGCGAAAACGAGAACGAUGCGGAUUGUCAUCGUAGAGGCCAUGCUGUUUGUCGGUUUCGGGAUUGGACAAAUAGCGCUUGGGUUUACUCUGCAGGAGAGUCAGGACCCGACGCUAAAUAAGUAUCUUCCGCCUCUGUGGAUAGCUUUCGGGUGUACCCUUGCAUCACUGGUGUAUGUUCUUUCCCCAUGGUUGAUCAUCGAGACUGUUGAUAGGAAGAAGGCUGAUAAGGCAGGCUCACAAGUGACAAAGGUCCUAGUCGGAAUCUAUCACCUAUUGAAGGAAAAUACAGAUAAACGGCGAAUGAAAGUGAUUGGCUAUACUGUCAUCAUGAUGUUCGCCGUUUUUGCAGUCCAAUCAGCAUCUCAGGUUUUCGUCGUUUACAGCUUGGGGGAGCCCUUCUGUCUAGGGCCUUUGGAAGUGUCCUUCGUCAGUGUCACAUCCGUUGUCUCUGGAUCCAUAGGAAUGAUUGUCGGUGGUGCGGUGCUACCUCGAUUCCUUAACGAUAACUGGAUACUUCAGAUAUGUUUGGUGAAUUCCAUGUUGACCAGUUUAAUUACAGGCUUGGCGACCACGAAAUGGAUGCUCUAUCUAAGUUCUGCUCUCAGUCUUGUGAAGGCUCUUUCGUUCCCAGUGAUACGAUCGCAGCUAUCCAAGAUGUCUGCCGCACAUGAGAAAGGACUAAUGUUGGCUUUUAUUGGCUGUAUGGAUGGAUUGGCUGGAUUUCUAUCACCUCUUAUUUCAAAUUCCAUCUACUCCAGUACAUUAUACUUCUAUCCGCCUUUCGUCUUCUUCUUCCUAUGCGGUCUGCAUAUCAUCCCAAUCAUUGUAGCAGGAUUAUUGCAGUUUAGCCAAAGGAACUCUUACAAGCAACUUGUCAACGACAGCGAUGAAAAGGAAAACUGAAUCAGAAUGUGACAAAAGAGGUUUUACUUAUUUUGGCCAGAAUUAGGCACUUAAAACGGUAUUUUACAUUGAUAUCUUCAUGUUCUAGUAUACCUCAACUUUGUUUACAGACAUUCUAUACCAUCAUUUUAAAUAUUACCGCUAACGUGAAACUAACAGAUCAAUUCCAAUUCACAAUAUCAUCUUAAGCUACUAAGGUCAUGUAUAUUUUGGCAUUCGUAGACACAGGUGCACUUGUACACUUAAUAUGUCAUAUACUGUAUCUCUCCAGGGAUUUGAACCUCGGAAAUCGCAUACGUUUUGUUAUUUUGAUAUUUGCAUACAUACAUGUAAUAUUGAUUUUUUGUUAUGUCUAGACUAUAUCAUAAGGCUGAUUUUCUUUUUUCUCUUAUUGUUUACAAAUUCAUAUUCAUUUCUAGCGAAUGGAGCAACCGAUAUAUGCACCCUAUAUGAAACAAGUUUGAAUAAACAAUAGAUUACCUUCCUCAUCUUCUUGUUACCAAAGAUAUAUAUAUGCAAAUACUAUUAUUCAGGUUUUUACAAGAUAUAUUUAUAGGUCUUUAUAUCAUUUUGUGUACAACUCUAAAAACAGUUUACCAAAUAUUGGGUAAAAUGGGAACAUGUAUGCAUGCUGGGUAAAAUGAUACCAAAUACAUCUUAAGUUUUACGCAAUGUUGCGUUGAAAUUCACCCUUUAAACUUGCUUUUUGCC